AUGCAAUUCGCUGUUAUCCCAUUCGUUCUCUUUUCUAUUUUCCAUACUGUGACUGCUGCAAGUACUCCAGUAUGCACAAGUGGAUUCACCUUAAUUAAUAACAAAUGCCUAAAGCUGUAUACAACUCCUGCAAGUCACUCCGCAGCUGAAGAAUCUUGUAGGAGCGUUGGAGCCACAUUAGAAAAUCAAGCGUUCACCAGUAUUGUUGGUUCUACUGUUUCUUUUGUAUGGAUGGGUUUAUAUUGUCUGAACAGUGAUCCUACAAAAUGCUUAUGGGACGAUGGUACUGGAUCCGCACGGAUGUACAAUAACUUUGCUAGUGGUUUCCCACUUGUCGAUAUCGGAAAAUGUGUCUACUACUCUGUGCGAGGGGUAUUAGCAGGAAAAUGGGUUAGCGGAGAUUGUGACGUCGCUCUAAGAGCAUACGUAUGUGAAUUGCCGUAUACUUUUGCAGAUAACUGUCCUUACAAUUACAACGGAUUCUGUUAUUCCAUUCAUAACGCGUCGGCUUCAUUUCUUAUAGCACAAGAGAUAUGUGAACAUGAAUGCGGGAAUCUUGUUUCAAUAACUUCUGAAAUGGAAAACAGAUAUGUUACCACGAUGGGGAGUCGCGGGAUAACUUCUAAUUACGUAUACAUAGGAGCAAUGUUUCCAAGGUCUAACGCGUUUGCUUGGAUUGAUGGAUCAGUUUGGAGUUAUAAUAAUAUUGAUCCUUUCCACACUCCCAGUAGCGGUUAUUGUGCGACCAUUGGGAAUUCAAAAACAAGCAACUAUGGUUUUUGGACGAGCGUUCCCUGCAAUUGGGCUCAUCCUUUCAUUUGCAAACGUCCUGCUGGAACUCAGUGUCUUCAGAAUCAACCAACUGUAACAGUUACUCCUGUUCCGAACCAGCCACCGUACUGUAACUCUUCCCUCCUUCUCGCUCCUGGAGUCAUUGCUUCUCCCAAUUAUCCACAAAAUUAUGACAACAAUCUAUUCUGUUCUUACCAAUUGGCCACUCUUGGGUCCUACAAGAUUUUUCUCAGAUUCAGCAAAUUUAUCACUGAAUCAAAUGAUGAUAUCGUUAAAGUUUACGAUGGCGCCUCUUCGAAUAAGCCUCUUUUGGGAUCAUACAGUGGCAACUUGAGCUCAUUUGGUUUAGUUUCGACCGGAAAUACGAUGUAUGUCACAUUCAAGACUGAUGGGAGUAACGUAGCUCAAGGAUUUUUUACCAGGUUUUUGGUGUAUACCGGUCUCUGA